CACCUCGAUCGCGGAUGUACGGCGAAAUCCAGGCACUAGUUAUUUUUCCUUUGCCUGUGCGGCUGUUAUAAGUUGGCGGUGUUGCUCGUUAACUUCCACUGUGUGUCGCCUAGUGCGUACCUGCUUAAAGGUGGGUGUAAUGUUCACAUCAGGAGUCAUUUUCAUUUUUUAGUAGCCUGUUGCUAACGGCUAAAUUCGCCUGUGAGCCGUAAGAGGCUAUACAGGCGAUCAAAAUUAGAGAACAACCCACAAUUUCCUAAAUUCCUAGGUCACUGCUUAGUCCUAUUUGAAAUUAUCCAAACAGGAAUAAAAUAGCAGCUUUUUAAAACAUAUUUCAUGAGUUACAUAUAUUCUGAAACACAGUAUAAAAAACUUUAAUGAGAUAUUUGAAAAAGAACACUGAUCAAAAUUAAAAAACACUUUCAGAUAGUUAUUGGUGUUAAUCUUGUACCUGGUGCUAAUCUCGUUAAUUAUUUGACAAACCCUAUUUAACUGGCAGCCUAACUUUCUAGUUUUCACUGAUUUUGCAAGAUGGUGAGCCGUUCAAAAGUGACUGAAACCCUCCAACAGCAGGUUGUCCAGAUGAAGGCCCAGGGGAUGACCCUUUCAGCCAGUUGGUCAUUCCAAAUCUGUGAUUUCUAUAAUAUUUUAUCUUUACAACAUCACAAACUCAUUCAAGUCCCCCAAGAAGGCUGGUCGUCCACGAAAGACAAAUGCAAGAGAGGACAGGAUAAUGCGGAGAACAGGUUUUUGUCCUGCAGAGGGAACUCUUCCAUUGCACCAAGAUAACAGUCCCUCCAUAUCUGGAUGAGAAUGGUGGUGGAUAACCGCCCUCAGUCCCUGUGUUUGAGCGAAACCGUACAGAGCAAUAACUGUCUCCUAGUCAAACAGUCAGCGCUGCGCUGCUGAAGCUGAUGCUGCUCUGCACACAGGCACAGCUCAGCCUCGAGACAGGGACCCAGCAUCAGGUGAUAACGCGGCGUGAAGGCUAUCGAUCUGAUCAGACAGAUACCAGUGUCCAUGGAGCUGCACCUGUUCGCCACAGCCUGUCUCCUCUUUGGCAGGAUCGUGAUAACGCAUCAAACUCACAUGAACCCAGUGACCACCUUUCUGUUCGCUCCACGUGGGCCUCAGAUGUUUCCAUGUCUAACUUACCUGGAGAGAAACGUCAGGGUGGACUGUGAGUUUCCUCCCACCUACCAGGUCCCUGGCCCCUACUGUGAGUACCGGCAGGACAGCAGACUGGUGGGUACCACCUACCCCAACGCCGUCAUCUACGUGUCCACUGAGGACCGCAGGAGGAGCAAUGUCAGCCUGGUCACUCCCUCUCUGUGCCGCCUCACCUGGGCCCCGCUGGCUGAUGAGAAGCCUUACACCUACACCUGCAGAGUUUACCAGGGCGGCACCUGGAAAGAGAACAGCAUGGCUGUGCAUCACAGGAUCCUGCCAAUCUGCUCUGCAAUCAGUGUUAUGUUCAAAUCUGCACCCUGGCUUUUAUCACUGGUGAUGUCACUUCCUGUGGCAGUGGGUCUUCUGAGUCCAUGAACUCUUACUUUCACAGGGUAAUAACUCAGUGGACAUUUUUACGUGAUUUCUGACUCACACUGGUUUGAGGGGUGGCGUGUGAAACCGUGUGGGGUGAUUUUGUUUUCUAUUGUUUUAGGCAGAGAUUGGAAGCCAUGAAAACACCACUAAAUAAAUCAGAUCGAAUAAAAUCAACCUCUCAUUGAGCACUGAACAACACAUUUAAACAUGUAUCUUUGAAAUGUGACAGACCUCAUUCCCACCACUGUACCUUGAACACCACUGUUUCCCAGUGCUACCAAAAGGAGGAAGAAAUCAUGGCGAUAUCAAAUUAAGGGCAGCGUAGGCAAAUGCAAACGUUUUCAUUUUCUAUUAUAAUGGCUAGUGAAAAAGAGCAGAUUACAGACAGUUUUUUGAACUGUUGUUCUCGAUCAGGUCUCCCUUGUAAAUAAGAUUCACUGGGGCCUAUCUGCACUCAAACUAUCGUUUCAUUUAUGGCCAAAUAAAUAUUAAUUUUGUGGUUUUGUAUAUUUUUUUUUUAAGAAAAACAGAUGCUUCUUAUAGAUUUAUAUUGCAACCUAUUGCUGCUAUGAAAGCAAAUAGGUUUGAUUAAACUGUAUAUAAAAGUGGAGAUCUUCCCUCAACACUUAGAUCUGGUGCUCCUGCAACAUACAGUUGUAUGUGAAAAAGAAGAGAGCUCUUUGAUUGAUUUUGAAAACAUUGCAGUUUUUAUUGUCUGUCACUUCUCUCUCUUACUUUAAUUUGAGUUUUGUUACAUUAUGUUAAAUUCUCACCACUUUGCUCAACUAUACUUACAGCGCUGUAGAUAUGUUUUCAGUUGGAUGUUAUGGCUAGUAAUGAAUAACUGCUCAAACACUGCCUGUCCUGCUAGCAAUGGUAAGCUCAGACACCUUCAGUACCCCGCCCCCCCCCCCAAAAAAAGAAUUAGGAUGUUUUCUGUACACUGGAUGCCCAUGUGAGGUCCACUUGGUUAUAAAACAGCAACUGAAAUAGAACCAUUUUUUCCCCCUUGGACAGCAGUAAGACAAAUCCUCAAAAUGACUGAGAUGAUUAUUCCUUCCUUGAAGGCCAUCUGAACUAGACUCUAAUGUCAGUGCACAAUGUUUCACUCAGUGCUUUGUGCUUUGUUUAAUGGGCUGAAGGGUUGUUGUUUUUUGUCAGUGCGAUACUGCAGCGGAAUUACCUACCCAUUUCAUAUGCAGUUCAGGUAAUAACUAAUGGUCAUACAUUUUUUGCAUAGCUAACAUUCACUACAAUAGUCCUGGCGUGUUAAAGUUAGGCAAGGCUCUUCUGUACAAGUGCGCAUGUGUUAAUGUACACAGUAUGUGUGUAGUAUGAAAAAAUAUUGUAGCUUCAUGUGUUUUUUCAAAGCUGCUUCCAUUUUAAUAUGUUGCAGUCUACAUGCCUUUCACGCUAUCUGAACACACAUGUAGGCUCUCUUUAUGCUGCUUCCUUAAUCCAACCUUGAUGCUAUUUUAUUUUUUUUAUUUUAAUGUCACAUUUAUAAUUAUAAUUGUGUCCACAGUGCAUUUCUUUUUAUGUUUCCAUCAUCUUCUGAAGCUACACUGCUCAGUAUUAUUUGCACAGUAGUACUUGUAAUAAAGAUGUCCUUAUAUUUUUCAAAUAGACAAUUUUUUGCUCAUUUGAUUUAUUUUACUCUAUUACCAAAUGAGUACUAAAUGCUAUAGCAAAUCUAUAGUAACAAAUAAAGGUU